AUGACUCCUCUCAAGCCUCUCGCAUCUCAGGCAGCCACUGUCUCCUCGAACAAAGACUCCACCGAUGGCGAGGGAGGCGAGCACGAUAACUCUGAGGCGCGUACAACUACUUCCACUGGGGACGUCAUCGUGCAUCCACGAGACUCCAACGUCGUCGUUCUCUGGGGGGAUUGUGACGAUCAGAUCCGUUGGCAGUCCUAUGCGCUUCGGCUCGCAUGGGAAAUGGCAAAAGAGAAGGAACGGUCAACAAAAUUCACGGUCAACUCUGUCAACGACGCCGGCGACGUUGUAUCGAGCAUCGGGCCCGAAACCAAGCCAGAAGAUCUCACCACACGACCGCCAGUCCCCCCCUAUGCACUGCACAGACAGCGUUCAGUGCCAGGAAAAGAGAAACAGGAAAAUGACAACGGCGCUGCUGCUAACCCUCCUGUUUCAAUGGAAAAGUGUAGCUCCAAGCGAGCGUAG